GUGAACGCGGCCGAACAAGACACAAAAGAGGCGAAGAGGACGGGAAAAGGAAGGAAAAAAAAAGAAAAGAAAAGACGAGCUUCGAACAAGUUGUGCAUGACAUUUUUCACCUUGGCUGACCUUGAGGAGCAGCGGGCCCCAUUGGAGCGACCUCGUCGCCGCGGUUCACCCUCUUUCCCCGUUCUCCCCCUCCGCACCCUCCGGCCUCCGUGAAUGACUCAGCCGAGCAUGCCUGCGGUGUCUGCAAACACGGAUUUACAUGAAACCCUGGCCUUGCUCACCUCUCAGCUCCACCCUGGCGCCAACCACAAGGAGGACCUGGUCUUCCUCAAAGACGUCUUCAGUGAGAAGAGCCUCGGCUACCUCAUGAAGAUCCACGAGAAACUGAAGCAGUACGAGAAGCGCACCCCGACUCCAGUCCUGCACAGCGCCUCCUGUCUGGCGGAGGAUCUGACAGAGGAUCUUCAGGACGGGCUGCUGGAGGAGGAUGGGAAAGAGCUGCUGCUUCUGCUCAGCACUCCUCACCUCAAGGCUGUGCUGUCGGCCCACGACACGGUGGCCCAGAAGGACUUCGACCCGGUGCUGCCGCCCCUGGACGUGUACGUCGAUGACGAGCUGGAGGAAGAGUCGGUAAAGAUCGUCCGCCUGGUGAAGAACAAGGAGCCUCUGGGCGCGACCAUCCGGCGAGACGAGGCCACCGGCGCCGUCAUCGUGGCGCGGAUCAUGAGGGGAGGAGCGGCCGACCGCAGCGGUCUGGUGCACGUGGGCGAUGAGCUGCGGGAGGUCAACGGCAACCUGAUAACCCACAAAAGGCCGGAUGAAAUAAGUCACAUUCUGUCACAGUCACAGGGCUCCAUUACAUUGAAAAUCAUCCCGGCCAUCAUGGAAGAAGACAAGAUGAAGGAAAGCAGGGUCUACCUGCGGGCUUUGUUCGACUACGUGCCCUUUGAGGACAGAGCCACGCCCUGUCAGGAGGCGGGGCUUCCUUUUAAAAGAGGGGACGUCCUUCAGGUGGUGAGCCAGGAGGAUUCCACUUGGUGGCAGGCCAAGAAAGUGGGCGACUGCAACCUGCGCGCCGCCCUCAUCCCCUCCACACACUUCCAAGAGAGGCGCUUGAGAUACCGCCUGAAGACCGGUUCCUUCCCGGUCUCAACGUGCCCGCAUGUGACCACACACGAGCGGGCUGACCGAGUCCAAGUGGCUUUACCCUACCUUCCUUCCUCUCACCCUGUCUGCUCCUCCUCCUCCUCCUCCUUCCGCUCGCUCCGCCCCGCAGACGACAGCGACGUUGAGGCAAAAGACGUAGUUUCUCCCACAUCGAAGGCAGCAGCUGCCUUCUGUGGCCAUGUUUUCUCGUGGGAUUUUAACUCAGCUGGCCUGCGCCAAAGUUUACGUCUGAAGAGGGAGCGGGAGGGAUCGCCGGCGGAGCAUCGCACCCCGGACGCCAAUCACGGUGAUUUCCUGAUCUACGAAGAAGUCGCGCUCUACCUGCCUCGGCCCGGCGAGAGGCCUCGUCUCAUCGUGCUGCUCGGAUCCCUGGGAAGUCGCGUCGCCGAGCUCAAACAGAAGGUGAUCGCAGGCAACCCCAGACUUUACGGCUUGGCUGUACCUCAUACCACCCGACCCCGGAGGAGUCACGAGCGAGAGGGAGUGGAGUAUCACUUCAUCACCAAAGCUGCUUUCGAGGCCGACAUCCACAAUGGCAAGUUUAUUGAAUACGGAGAGUACAAAGAUAAUUUGUACGGCACCAGUUUGGAGUCCAUUCACAGAGUUCUGCUUCAAAAUAAAAUCUGCCUUGUGGACGUGCAGCCUGAGGCAUUGAAAGUUCUCCGCACGCCCGCGUUCAAGCCCUUCGUCGUCUUUGUGAGACCUUCCGUCGACAGCGAGAGGAAGUCUCUGAGCUCCUGUUCCUCGCUCGUCAGCGUCGCCAUCACGGAGCACGACAUGCAGGACAUGAGGCAGUCAGCGGAGCGGAUGGAGCAGAGCUACGGCCACUGGCUGGAUUACGUGCUGGUGAAGGAGGAGCCGCUGGGGGCCGUCGCUGAGCUCCAGGCCGUGCUGGAGCGGGUGCGACAGGAGCCCCAGUGGGUGCCCCUAUCCUGGGUGAGGACCUAGAUCUUCUUGAGACCUGUACCAGCUGCCAACACCACUGUGUCAACAACUCAGCCUUGUGCUCCAUUUUUUGUCUCCUUGCCAAACUGUCCAUCCACAAUUACUGUUCAGUGUGCAUUGACUGAGAUACAAACUGCAACAUGACUAGUUAGUUUUGUGUGUUGCAAAGGAAUUAUUUCCAUGGAAAUUGAGGGUAAAUAUAAACUUUUUUUUUGUCAAACAGACAUCCAUGCAAAAUAGCUUGCUCUCCUUGCCUGCAUGAAAAGACUAUUUUAAAAUUCACUUGAGCAGUGGUGUAUCUGAAGCUCACUCGUAAUGAGUUUUGGACUACAAAGCAAACAAAAAAGGAUAGCGCCAAAUCUGUUUGUCAGGAUGAGAAAUAUUUCCAAGUUUCCUAUUAAGAGCCAAUUAUGAAUUCCUGUUUUGUUUCCAACUUUGAAAUUUGCAGGACUUUUGCAACACUAGUGAUUCGUCAUGGGACAAUGUUGACUGCAAGUGCCAAACCAAUCAUGCGAGGCAGGAUUGUUAAAUAUACGCAUAGCACCCAUUCACAGCCGCAGCUACUUGUCUCAUGUUAAAUGUUUUUUGUUUGCUGUUAACAACAAUGAAAAGUUUUAAACAAAACUCA